AUGAGCAGCGAUUUCAGCGAAGAAGACAACGCUGCCAGGCAUCCAAAGCAUAAGGAAAAGUCUGUAGAGCUUAUCGAGGUGGACGGCAAAAAAGUCAGCAAAACCUCGACCGGGAAACGGAAAUUCCAUAAAAAAUCGAAAAACGGGUGCGACAAUUGCAAGCGCAGGCGUGUCAAGUGCGACGAGGACAAACCAGCGUGUCAAAAAUGCCUUUCGAUGAAACUGGAUUGCGUCUACACGCCCGUGGUGGUUCGAAAACCGAAAAGUGCGUCAAAUUCCGGAGAUAGUGCUAAAGCAGCAUCUCUCAAAAAGGAAGACCUAGCCGAGGGCAUACACAAACACACUACACAGGGUCUCAAACGAGAUUCUGCGGAUCCUGUCACGGCUCAGGAUGAAGGAAAACUUGGGAAAACACCCAUGAGCAGCUUUUCAAAACAACCUCAAUCUUCAAACCCGGUUGCUGGCCAACUCGGUUCACCAGAUAACUUAUUGUUGCCGCCUCUUUUCCCCGGUGCAAACAUGCAAUUGCAGCAGCAAAUACAACAGCAACCACAGCUGCUUCCGCAGCUCAUGACCCUGAGCAAUUCCGAGAAGUUUGCGGGAUUCGAUUUCCCAACCAGUCCGCCCUUCCAGUCCGCUGCAAUGAACAUCACGAACAGCAUAGGCAGUUUUUUCGCGGCGAACAAGAUUCCUUCUAACGUUCUCAACAACCUUGCAAAUCAGCAAAACAAUCAGAAUCAACAGCAGCAACAGCAACAACAACAACAACAACAGAUUCAAGGGUCCCCGCUUUCCUCCAUAUUGCAAUCACAAGAAAUGGUGCAAACUUUGAGUCGGGCGGGCAUAAACUUUAAGCACAUGGCGAUGUUCUCAACCGCGGGCAUUGGUGGCGUAACCUACGAUUUUCAAGAACUUAUGGGUAUGAAGUCUCAGGAAGGCGGUGAUGGACCAGUGAAAAACACGAGCACUACAGCUGAAGAAGUUUUGGCCACGCUACAGCGACAGCAACAAAGCUUUCAACACGAUGCAUCGCAAAAAGCUACUGGCAGCCAAGUCGAUGAUGAGCAUGGUGGAAAUUUGUCGGCCCUUAACCAGGAAACCCCCAAUCCUGCAAACAACCCGACCAUAUCACCGGCAGCACCGAUGUCUCCAAUGGGUAAAAACAGCGCUUCUGAGGCUCCUCAUUUUUUCCGUCAAAAAACGUCUUCAGGCGAUGGGCUAGAUUUGGAUAGCAAGCUUUUGGAUAAAUCACUCAGUCAAGAGCCCAUUAGGGAAGAGGAGGCUAAGCCCGGCUCAAUCGCACGACUAAUGCAAUUGUCAAACCAAGGAAGUCUCAACCUGGUAGAUCUCAAACUUUUCCAUCACUACUGUACUGAAACGUGGCCCACCAUCACAUCAGCAGGUAUAAGUGGCAAACAAAUAUGGAGCGAUGAAAUUCCAAAGCUGGCAUUCGACUACCCUUUUCUCAUGCAUGCGUUAUUAGCGUUUAGUGCCACUCACCUGUCACGGAAAGAGCCAGGGCUGGAACAGCACGUAGCCGCACAUCGAUUGGAUGCUUUGCGGUUGCUGCGCAAAGCUGUGUUAGAGAUAUCUGAAGAUAAUACGGAUGCUCUGGUCGCCAGUGCUCUGAUUUUGAUCAUGGACUCUCUGGCGAACGCUUCGUCUCCCAACUCCACGGCUCCCGAUUCUCUAGCGGCAUCGAUAUCUCCGUCUGCAUGGAUUUUCCACGUCAAAGGCGCUGCCACCAUCUUAACCGCGGUGUGGCCCUUGACUGAAAAGUCCCGAUUUCACAAUCUCAUUUCCGUCGACCUCAGCGAUCUUGGUGACGUAAUAAAUCAGGACAGCGGAACGGUUUCCGAGCUCGUAUGUUUCGAUGAGAGCAUUUCAGACCUAUACCCUGUCGAGAUAGACUCUCCCUACCUGAUAACCCUAGCAUACCUUGAUAAACUGCAUCGCGAGAAAAAUCAGUCAGAUUUUGUUCUCCGAAUUUUCGCUUUCCCCGCAUUGCUGGACAAGACUUUCCUGGCAUUACUGAUGACGGGUGACAUGGGUGCCAUGCGCAUCAUGAGAUGCUACUACCAACUUCUGCGAGGUUUCGCUAAUGAAGUCAAGGACAAAGUAUGGUUCCUGGAGGGUGUUACCCAAGUAUUGCCACAGGACGUUGAUGACUACAGCGGUGGGGGCAUGCACAUGAUGUUGGACUUUUUGGGCGGAGGCUUGCCAUCCAUGACUACAACCAAUUUUCAACCGGGUCUUACCGAUUUUAUGUAG